AUGUCCCCACGUAACGCAUGCGGCUGGCCAGAAUGGGAGGAGAAAAACCUUCUUCCAUGGUUGGAUGCCCAUCCGGAGCUGUCGUGGAAAGCUCUCUCCGACGCAUAUUAUGAAGAAUACCAGGUGCAUCGAAGCGUUGAGUCUUUACGAGGAAAAAAGUACCAUAUCCUGCGGAAGCAGGGUCGCACUGGUGCCAAAUCGCAGACAGAUGUAGAGUGUCACCGCGUUGAGCGAUUUAAUUGCAAACUCAACAAUAUGUAG